GCAAAACCCCAUUCUGCGAACGGUGCCGGAGUUAAGUCGGAGUUAGCCUGCCGCCUGGACCAGCAGAGAGACUGCGGGCACCCGCCUCGAGGACAAAAGGGGAACUGAGAAUAGGCGCGGGCCGGCCAUGCACUGGUAAUUUUGCCGCAGGUGCAACCCCCCCAACUCCCAGUUGAGAUACGCACUCUUAGUGCCCAGCAAACGACCAUCGCCCACAUACCACAUUCGAGCACCAGCCAUGAGCCAGCUUCUCGUCGUCUUUGGCGCAACCGGCCAGCAAGGAGGCUCGGUCGCCCGCUUCGUUGCCGCCAGUCCGGAGCUCUCCAAGCGGUACAGAAUUCGAGGCGUUACUCGUGACCCGUCCAAAGCCGCCGCCGAUGCGUUGCGUGCCGAGGGAGUCGAGGUCGUCCAGGCCGACAUGGACGACGAGCAAUCGAUUCGCAGCGCUCUCGAAGGCGCCCACACCGUGUUUGCCAUGACGCGCACCAUCUACGAUGACCAGUCCAAGGAAAGAGAGGUCCGCCAAGGGAAGGCCAUUGCUGACGCUGCAGUCGCUGCGGGCGCGCAGUACAUCAUUUUCAGCUCCGAGUGCCACGCCGAAACCGUCUCUGGCGGGAAGUACCCCGUCGGCUCCUACGACUCCAAAGCAGAGGUUGAGGACUAUAUUCGCACCCUGCCCAUCAAAAGCGCCUUCUUCGCCCCGGCAACCUUCAUGCAAAACCUCAGUGGUAUGAUGGCCCCGCGCCCCGUCGGUGACGGGACGUACGCCAUUGCCAACUUUUUCGCUGGAACUGCCUUGUUCCCCUGGAUCGACGUUGUCGAGGACACUGGAAAGUUCGUCGGCGCCAUCUUGGCCAACCCUGACAAGUACAGCGGCCAAGUUCUCUAUGCCGCCUCGUGCAUUCACUCACUCGACGAGGUUGCGAAGCUAAUCAGCGAGAGAACCGGCAAGACGGUCAAGUACACCGUCAUGCCUGAGGAGAAGUACCGCAGCUAUCUGCCUCCUGCCGCCGCCGACACCAUCGUCAACAUGUUCUUGUACAUCCAGGAUUUCGGUUACUAUGGCCCUGAGACUGCGGAACGGGUCAAGUGGUCUGCAGAGCAGGCGCUGGGUAAGCUGACAACGCUGGAGGACUUUAUCUCCAGGGCCGUGAAGCUUGCAUGAGACAAUCCAUUGGCCCGAGGAGGGGGCUUGGGGUAAGGGUAUCAACUUUGCAAUGUAGGAAGUUGGGCUCAAAACACAACUUAGGUAGCUCGUCAAUUUGAAGUUCUGGCCGUUUUGAGAUUUGCG